CCGCCUGGGGCUGGGGGGUCCUCGCCCGCCACCGCCGCGCAGCGCCGGGCUUGAGAGGGGCUGCGGGGGGCUGCGGGGCUCGGCCCCCGGUGGCAGGAGGAUGGAGAACAAGGCCAUGUACCUCCACACCUUCGGCGAGAGGGAGAACGGCUCCACCUUCGAGGAGCCCUUCGAGGGAAGGAACCUCUCCAAACUGAACCUCUGCGAGGACGGUGCCGGGCGCAGGAUGAAGGCGGCCGGGCGCUGCGGCCGGCUGGGCUCGCUGGCGGCGCUGAAGUACGCCGUGCUGGGGCUCUACCUCCUCGUCUUCCUCAUCCUCGUCGGAGUCUUCAUCCUCGCAGUCUCCCGGCCGCAGACGUCCCCCGAGGAGCUGAAGGCGCUGAUGGGGAACGUGAACCGCCUCAACGAGAGCUUCCGAGACGUGCAGCUGAAGCUGCUGCACCUCCCUCUGAAGGGGGACGUGAUGGAUCACAUCUGGAGGCUGCAGGACCUCCUGCAGAACCACUCGGACUCCUUGUUCCUGAUGACGGGGUCUCUGCAGAAGCUGGAGGGGCUGCUCUGGAGCCUGCAGAGCCAGGCCAGCCAAACCGAUAGGGCCGUGUCCAGCCUGUGGGACAGCCUGGCCCAGCAGAGCGACGCGGCGCAGCAGGAGAUGUACAAGCUCUCGGUGGAAGGCAACAGCAGCCGGCUGCUGCUCCAGCACCACGACCACCUCCUGAGCCACCUCGGCAGCCGGCUGGAGGGCCUGAGCGACCAGGUGACGGCCGCCAGCGGGGCCGUGGACACCAUGAACAGGACCUUCUCCUACGACGUGAACGUCCACCGCGCCCGCAUCCAGGACCUGCAGGUGCUGAUCAGCAACGCCACCGAAGACGCGCGGCGGAUGCGCCUCGUCCACAUCGCCAUGGAGCAGCAGCUGAAGCACGAGCUGGCCAUCCUCAGCAACGUGACGGAGGACCUGCGGCUCAAGGACUGGGAGCACUCCGUCGCCCUGAGGAACAUCUCCGUGAUUCGGGGGCCCCCGGGACCCAAAGGAGACCCAGGCCACGAGGGGAUGGAGGGGGAGCCCGGCCUGCCCGGCCUGCCCGGGCUGCGAGGGCUGCCUGGGGAGAGAGGACCACCAGGACCGCGUGGCCUGAAAGGGGACCAAGGGGACCUCGGCCCUCCGGGUCCAGCCGGGAUGCGAGGAUUCAAAGGGGACCGAGGACCGAAGGGAGAGAAGGGGGACCGAGGUGGUGAUGUGGCAGCCGAGGAGGGGCUGAUCCGGCUGGUGAACGGCUCCGGCCCCCACGAGGGCCGGGUGGAGGUCUUCCACGAGCGGCGCUGGGGCACGGUGUGCGACGACGGCUGGGACAAGAAGGACGGCGACGUGGUGUGCCGGAUGCUGGGCUUCCGAGGCGCCGACGAGGUGUACCGCAUGGCCCGCUUCGGCCAAGGCACGGGCAGGAUCUGGAUGGACGACGUCUCCUGCAAGGGGACCGAGGACAGCCUGCUGCGCUGCAGCUUCUCCAGCUGGGGCAAGACCAACUGCGGCCACGCGGAGGACGCGGGCGUCAAGUGCCUGACGCCGUGAGGGGGGGCACCCCGAGAGGGGGACACCCCAACCGGGGGCACCCCGAGAGGGGACACCCCAAUUGGGGACACCCCGAGAGGGGGACACCCCAAUUGGGGACACCCCGAGAGGGGACACCCCAACCGGGGGCACCCCGAGAGGGGGACACCCCAACCGGGGGCGCUCUCGGGGCCGCCAAGAGCUGGGGACACCCAGCAGCAAGCGGACUGGCCCCGCGCUUCCCGAAAUGUUUUAUCGGAGAAAUAAAAGCUUUUUUUUUUUU